AUGGAUGAGGUGCAUUCGUUGAGGGAGGAGCACAGGUGGCACACGAACCAAGUGGUCGUGGGUGAUCUGUGCCUGCCAUGCGUGGCGAGCUGCAUUCAGCGCGGGCUGAAUCUGGACCACUGUCUCGGCGCCCUUCUUGCAGUGCUGAAGGACCACGUCGUCCUCGCCAGCACCGUGCUCAACCACACCCCCGAUGUGCUCGACGCCUUGCUGCGCGCCCUCGUCCAUGCUGCAGCAGUCGACACUGGCGCCAACAACAACAACAACAACAACAACAAUGGUGACCCCGCUCACCCACAAUCUCCACAAGCAUGUCUCAGGUGCUUUUUGGAGAAACCGCUGAACACGCCGCACACAACAGCCGCCCUCGCCAUGCUGCUCUGCUCUCAGGUGCAUGCGAUGCGCGGAGGCUCGAGCAAGAAGAUGGUCGCGCUGUUGGAGCUGCUGGUCGACACGCUCGUGGACGCAGGGCCCGAUGCAUGCCAACACCUGAAGCAGCAUGGAGACGCGCUGCUGGAAACAAUGGCGCCAUUGGUGGCAACGCUGCCUUCGCGCCUGCCAGUCCUGGUGGUGCUCACCCUACACAAGCAAGGAGUUCUUCACCUGCCGUCCCUCAGCCCCAUCCACCGCGUCCGCCUCACAGAAGGCGUGUGCCAUGCACUGCCAGAGCGCACGCGGCAACCCCACGACAGUGGGCCCUACGCAGCAGUCCUCGACCUCAUCACCCUGCGUGGAACACAGCUGCCGCUAGAAUUGCUGCAGACGCGGCGAUGUGCUGAUGCUCUGCGGUCGCUCCUCCACUCGGCUGACAACGACGUCGCAGAAGUGACGGUGCGCCUCAUGCACAACGCGUGCACGUCCGGCCCACAUGCGCGCGCGGCGUGUGCGUACUUCCAGACAGCACAGCUGCAAGAAGACGUGUGGGCCGUCGCGCGCCGUGCGAGCACAGCAACAGCAACGACAGCAGCCGCCACCGCAGACACCACCACUUCCAAGGAGGCAGACAGCGCCACCACGUGCGAGGCAAGCAACGCCGCCGCCACACCAAACCUCCUGGGUGCGGCGCUGACCUGCGCGCUCGCGCUAACGUACAACUCAAGCCCGGCCCGCUUCCUCGCUGCACUCACAACAGCAACGCAGCUGGCAAACUCACGCAUGACGCGCAGAGACGAUGAAAGCACCGCAGCAGAUGCUGCUGGCGCGCGUGCCCUCCUCACAACACUGGACGCUGCCAUCCCGACGGUGCUCCAGCACACGCAGUUCUUCGUCUCGACAGAGAUGCAGCACGCGUUCUUCCAACUUGUCGGUGCCGCGCUCGAGAUUGCAGGCAGAGCAGAUACCGGCGCAGGCGCUGCUGUUGCUGCAGCGGGGGUGAUGGGGCACGGUCACACUCACCGUCAGCACGUCAAUACCACCGGUCGUGGUGGUGGUGGUGGUCUGCAGAGGGAGAUGGAGCAAGCGAGGCAUGUUGAGCUCGCUCACGCUUCAAGAUACCCCAGCAAUCACAAACGUGCCAGCAACAACCACAACAGCGAUGGCAGUGAUGACAGUCUGCUGGCAACACGACUGGGCAUGGGCAGUGCGUUUGCGACGAAGCUGGUGCGGGCCGGGUUCAUCGAGCUGUGCCUGAUGACAGCGCGGCUGCUGCCGGACCACAGGCAGCGGAGUGCACCGCAGAUUGGUGUUCUCCUCAACGUUCUGUCGCUCGCCAUGGCGCAGGACGACAGCAGCAGUGGCGGCCAACGUAAUGGCGAUAGUCGCGCUGUUCGUCGUGGUGGUGGCGGCGGGCGUGGUCCUGACACGGGUGUACAUGUGCGUACGAUCGCACAUGCACUGGACCCGGCAUCCAUUGCGACCGUGCUGCGACGAGGACUCAGCGCUGUUCUCACAGACAAGCAGGCCAUACCGCGCACCGUGUCGUCCGCCAUGGGGACGGUGGGGCAGCGGCAUAACGGGCACCGACACCACCACCAGCAGAGCCAGCAACAGCACACUGCCUCUGUUGUGUUGCUGCCUGGCCCCACUGGUGUUGCCGUGCUCAUGCUGUAUCUGCAGCUGCUACUGUCGCCAACACGGAUGACCAGCCCCUUUGCACCGCAGCAGCAACGCGAGUACGCUGCCGCACUGGAUCAGUUUCUACGCACACACGCGCAGCGCAAGUGGCCGCUCACGCCGCUGCGUCACAUUGCACACAUUGUUGCCCGCCUCGCCCUCUACUCUUCCGGCACGCAAGGCCUGGCGCAGACACUCGUGCUGCGAGCUGACGAGCUGCAAUCCAGCAGCGACCAGCAUCAUUGUCGCGGCGGUGGCGGCAGUGGGGUCAAUCGCCAAGAUGAUGAGAUGACCCUGAAGAUGGUCCUGUGGGUGCUGUGCCAUCCAGACCUCACGGCCAUGCAGAAGAAAGAGGCACUCGCCGCCUUUCAACCCACCAUUCACGCCCACCUGGAUCAUCCCGAUGUCAAAGCGCUGGCGACAGCAGCGUGGUUCUCGUCCCUCUUCCUCAGCAUCGUGCAGUCUGCGAGGGUGGAUCUGGUUGAGCUUGUGUUGUUGAUUUGCGGCCAACACAAGUCGGUGAUGGAACUUCCAGCAAAUCCGGCGCACAUCUUCGACGCACUCCACGCGCGUGCGAACCAGUCGCCCGUGGACAGGGGAGCAAAGGAGACAGCAAUGGUCCUGUACACGUGUCAGCGAGCACUCACCGAUGCCCUCAACCAAUUAGGUGACAGGGAUGCCGUGCUGGCUUGUCACCCGCUCCUCGUUCGCAUCCUCUCAACGAGCGACGCUGGUGCGACAAAUCAGGACGCGCUAUCAUCAUACUGCCUCGUGGUACAGCGCUGGGCAUGUCUUGCUGCGUACCUGGACCGAGAGCAAGCACGCCACAGGCUCCCUCCCAUCAUCGCAGAUGUUGCCGAUCGCAUGUGGGCCAUUCGUCGCAUUGCCCCGACGCCAGCAGCAGACGCAGCCAUCGCUGCACUCGUUGCACUCGACUCCAUCCAACACACGCGCGCGCUCGCAACGCUCGAGCGACUGUUGUGCGAGGAAGAAGAGCUUUGGACACUGCAGACAACGGAGGCGCUGGCGCUGCAGAACUUGCUUUUGCAACAGUACCACUUCAGACAGCAGCAACAGCAGUGUUCAGAUGGAGAGAGCGACAACUCGGCGGAUCGGCAGGUGUGCGCCUCCACAGCACAUGCGACGCCAGGAAGUGAUGCCAGGAUGCGUCAGCGCCUGCCAGCGCUCGCCAUGCGCACACUCAACCGCCUCGCAGGCAUGACUGCGUCUCCGGUGGAUGUGGGCGCGACCAUUGCGGUGACGAGUGCGUGCGUGUCCUCCUCAUCGCAACACAUCUUCUCCAACUCGCCCUGGAUCGACACCAUCCUCGCCGACAUGGCAGAGGCGUCAACGCCAAAGCUCACCUGCUUGCUCGUCCUUGCGCAGCAGCUGCUUGACCAGCGCCCAAGUGUUGUCGCUCCGUACCUGUUACAGGCUGCGAGUGCUUGUUCUUCGGUGCUGGAAAUGGUGGACGCGCACCAGCCUGUCCGCACCAUCCUCGCCCCCAUCCUGGAUGAUGUGAUAUCGCGUGUGCGGAAUGGUGGGUGUGGCGGUUUGGAGCGCUGGGACUGGCCCAUCAAGUACGAGCUUCCACAGGGCACCGAACAAAGCACAGCCCUUGACCCACGGCGCCCACACAAGCUGCCGAAUGCCAACAUCCUUCCGCUGGCGGCCAUUCUGCCUUGCACCCUUACUGCUGUGUGA